CCCAUGCCGGUUGUCUUCACCUUCUCCUCAAUGGCUCCCUCUUCCUCCCUAAGUUCCACUUUAAAUUCUGAGAGCCUCCCUUCCUGAUCUUCCAUCGAACAUCUCUCUCUCUCUCUCUCUCUCUCUCUCUCUCUCUCUCUCUAUGGGGACGAGUGGGAAUGGGAAGCUAAGCAAACUGAAAUGCAUGAUAAAGCGUUGGCAUUCAUCGAGCAAGAUCACGCGCUCCGCCGCAGGCGGGGGCAGCAGCGGCUCGUCCUCAAGGUCGCAGGACGACGACGCGUGGCACUCCGCAUCGUUCCAUGGCGACGAGGCCCCGCCCGCGCUUCGCGCGUUGUACGUCGGCAAGUCGCGGCGGCAGUACCUCAUCUGCUCCCACCUCGUCGACCACCCUCUCUUACGGGAACUGGUCGAGAGGACGGGAGGAGGGACCGACGGUGGUGCCGAUGCCGGGACGGUGGUGGGUUGUGAGGUGGUGCUCUUCGAUCACUUGCUGUGGAUGCUGGAGAACGCCGAUCCCCAGCCCGACUCACUGGACGAGUUGGUGGACUUCUAUUCCUGCUGAUAGUUCACGUAGCGGCUUGCAUGGCCUUGCAGCUAAAUUUCUCAGCAUUAAAUCUUUGUUCUUGAAGGGUUACAAAAGGAUGCUCGGUCAUUAUUUUUCUCUCUGCUCCAUGCUAAAUUCUCAGACGUGUUCCUCUUCUCAAUUGACA